GGGGGGCAGGGCGGGGGGUGAGGGGGGAACUGUGUGACGGGGCCGCGGGGCUGUGCGGAGCUGAGAGGCUGUGACGCCGCUGAGGAGAUGGCGGUUGCCGGGAGGCGGCUGUGCGGAGUGUUUGUUGGCUGCCACACACAUUUGUUGACAGGGGGUCAGAGCACCAUCAAGGUACCCAGUUUGUUGAGGAAACAGUUUCCUGUCCGACAGUUUGCUGCUGUCAGAUUUGCCAAAAAACAACAAAAAAAUCAAAAGGAAGAAAAAACGAAACCUAAAAAGGAAAGAGUGGUCGGCAUAAAGCAAAAUAAUGCAUAUGGGGCGACAUCAUUGGAACCAGUCGAUGAUGUGUACAGAAUUAAGCUUUACCCAAAGCCAGUAUAUGGGAUUGAGACAGCAAUUGACCUGCUGAAGAAGUGGCAGCGGUUAGACUUUACUUACCCCAUGCAGCCUGUGUAUGUUGAUCUGCUGCUUGACAUGAAGCUGGAAAAGAAGAAAAAAGUGGAUCAGUUUGUCGGUACUGUUCAGCUGCCUUUUCCUUUUAAGAAAACCACCAACAAGGUGGUAGUAUUCACAGAGAAUCCAGAACAAGCAGCUGCAGCUCAGGAACAUGGAGCAGCUUUUGUGGGAGGAACCGAGCUUAUUGAUAAAAUCUUAGAGAAUGAAAUUGAAGCAGAUUUCUAUGUGACUGUUCCAAGCAUGGUAACGAAACUGUUGCCUCUUAAGAACAAACUAAGGAAAAAGUUUCCUAAAAGUAAAAGAGGCUCUGUUGGACUUAAUAUUCUUCAAAUGCUCGAAACCUUUAAGACUGGUCAUGAGUACAUCACGGAGCGGGAUUGCUGUAUUCUAACUAAAGUCGGAACAGUGGAUAUGCCAAGGGAACACAUUGUUGCUAACAUUGCCGCAAUCAUCACUGAUGUUUGCACGUACAGGCCAGUGAGUUUUGGACCAUUUGUUGAACGAGCCAUUAUUUGUAGUGCAACUAGCGAGUCUUUGCUGUUCAAAGUGGAGCCCUUCCUUCCUCAAGUAAUGGAAGAGGAGAAGGAAGAGCAAGAUGUCAAUCACUAACUCCCACGUUUUGUACCGAUGUGUUGCCUGUCUGUUGAUCUCUAUAUGGCAUGUUACGAUGAUGCAAUAAACCCUGGAUUGUAUGACAUGAUGAAAAGAAA